AUGUCCUAUGGAAAUGGUGCUUUGAUGGCCAUACCGUCAACUGCACAGGGGACGAACCCAGCAUCCUCGUGUGACGCGCCGCUCUCGAGUAUCGAAGUUGCUCUUCCUCCUUGCUUUGCUCCGUUAGACUCAUCGAAUUCCCCCAAUCCGCCGUUACUUACUGUUUCUCCGUUGCACCUCCAGCAAAAGACGGUUCCGUCCGCAUUCAAGCUUGGGAAUACCGACGUCUAUCUGGAUGAACGACAUCCUUUCGCUAGCAAACGAUUCACGUCUCAGCGGGUUCAACGGAUGUCUGUAAACCAGACUCCAGAGAGUCGUCAAGAGAACUCCAAUGUCACUUCACCUGCCUCUAGUGCCUCUAGCGAGUCACAGAACAUGGACCCAUCUAGUCCCACGGACGCAAAUCCGUUCUCCCUCCCCACCCUCUUCACCACUCCCUUCACGCCCACGAUCCCGCCCGAGUUAAGAACACACCACGAAGCCAUCCUCCGACUAUUCCUUCGCCCUCACGUCAGUAUUGCCGAGUACAAAAAGGCCGUCAAGCCAUUCUACGUCAAUACGAAGAAACAGAGGAUCAUCAACGGCCAAGAGAGCACGUUUACAUCCAAAAGGUGCCUUCUCUGCUGCCAUACACUUGAUCAUGCGAUACAGGCCUACCAGCACAUACUCGAGCAUUUUGGAAUCUAUCCCUUUCGAUGCAAACACUCAGGCUGCGAGUUUUCGUCUACGCGUUCUGCAGACCUCACAAAGCACGUCAAAGAACAGCACGAGUCGAACCCAGGCCACAAGUGUUCGGAAUGUGGUGCCGUGAUUCGCCAUCAACGGAACCUCAAAAGACACAAGGAGCGACAUCACGCCUCCUCUCCCUGA